CUUACUUCUUAAAGAAAGAAAUACUGCGAGUUGGGGGGAGUUUGCCACGUCUGCGGAUUUGAGGCGUGUGAAGCGCGGUGGGACUGGCAGCAAAGUAAUGAAUGACCCCUUCAUCGCCCGGCUCUCCAGAUCGUCCCCUUUCACGGAGCGAAUGCUGAGAAAGUUCUAAGUCUGAAUGCUGGGCAGAGAGAGUGUGAAAUGGCAAUUGCACCGCGUAGCCAACGAAAAAACCCAGAGCCCUGACAACGGCAGGGGGGGCAUUCCAAUCUAGGGGACCCUAGAGCUGUUUCAGGCGGGCUUGAAAUCCACAGCUUUUAGACAAAUUACUGAGAGUGAAAAUAGUUUGAUCAAACUCUUGAUGGUACGAGAAUCACACGUUCUCAAAGCUCGGAGGCAAUUGUGGAAGCCCCCAGAAUGGAAGCUGCUCUUUGGACUCCUUUCCUUCGUCUUCGUGGCUUUCGGAACUGGGGCGCUCAUUCCGGAACCAGAAGUGAAGAUCGAGACGCUCCAUAAGCCAUUCAUUUGCAAGAGGAAGACCCAGCGGGGGGACAUGAUGCUGGUCCACUAUGAAGGGUAUUUCGAGAAAGAUGGUUCCCUGUUCCACUCCACCCACAAGCAUAACGACGGCCAGCCUACCUGGUUUACUCUUGGUAUAAAUGAAGUUAUCAAAGGCUGGGAUAAAGGUUUGGUGGGCAUGUGUGUCGGGGAGAAACGCAGGCUCACCGUUCCUCCUUCCCUGGGUUAUGGAAAAGAAGGGAAAGGAAAAAUUCCACCUGAGACUACACUGAUCUUCAAUAUUGACCUUGUAGAAAUUCGAAAUGGGCCAAGGUCUCAUGAGUCCUUUCAAGAAAUGGAUCUUAAUGAUGACUGGAAGCUAUCCAAAGAGGAGGUAAAAAUGUACUUGAAGAAGGAAUUUGAAAGACAUGGUGCAGUGGUCAAUGACAGCCAUCACGAUACUUUGGUUGAAGACAUAUUUUCUAAAGAAGAUGAGGACACAGAUGGAUUUAUAUCUGCAAGAGAAUUUGUGUAUACGCAUGAUGAGCUAUAAAGUCUUUUGGAAGGACUUGCUAGUGAGAGGGAAAUCAAGAGACUUUGCACAACUGACACUUCUUGAAAUGUUUUUAUAUGUACAGAGGCCUGUUAACUCACAAGGGGGGAAGUGCAUUACAUUAUUUUUUUACCGGACAUGUGCUUGUUGAAACUAUAUUUUGUAACUGACAUCUUUUUAUAGAGUGAAAAUAACUUUAAAACAUUUCUUAAGGGGAGUUCAUAUUUAUUUUGAAAACCAUGGAACAAAGACCUUUCUACUAACAAAUGGUGCUUAAACACACUUCAGCCUUUUCUGCUUUCAGUUUGUCAACUAUUUUUUUAAAAU